CACGUGUCUCAAAAAAAUAAAACUCUGAACAUAGAAGCUUCACCUGGAGUGCCACGGCACCGCGCCGCUGUCUCCCCGGAGCUCAGGGAUGGAGGGGCGCACCCUACUCCGCGACCAGGCGGCACCCAGCGCGUCCGCCCCCACUGGCCGCUCCGCCUCGCAGGCGACGGGGGACGAGGCCGCGGCUAAAGUCGUCCUGUCAAAAGAAGCAUGCGUUUUUUUUUUUGCAGAAUUAUCAAAAAGGAGCUGUGUCUCAUGCAAUUCAAAGGAUUUACAAGCCAUGUCAGAAGAUUCUGCUAAAACGUUGCUAGAGCAGGUGGCUGGUUGGGAGGUGAAAAAUGAGGGUGGCAUUCCGAAAUUGCACAGGGCAUGGAAGGUGAAGAACUUUGCCAAAGGGCUUGAGUUCUUUCAGCUUGUUGCUGCUGUUGCCGAGGAAGAAGGUCACCACCCAGAUCUUCAUCUUGUUGGUUGGAAUAAUGUGAAAAUUGAUGUGUGGACUCACUCAGUCAGGAAAUCCAAUCAACUUAAAUGAAGAGGAACGAGCCAUACAAUACGGAGUGAAAAUACCAAGUGGUUUAACAGAUAAUGAUUUCAUCCUUGCUGCAAAGAUCAAUGAACUCAAGCUAGGAGACCUUUUGAGCAAGAAAAAAGCUACUGCCCAGGAGUAGCUCUCGUGAAUCAAAAGAUAUCCUUUUGUAUUUUGUCACAAUUGCAUAUGCCGCUCCAAAAGCAGGAUUCGUCCAGUAUAUAUUCUGGGAUAAAUGAUGGUUUGGCGAUGCUAUUGGUUCUUCAUGAGAAGUUCAAGGAGGAUUUCUGAUAUUAUUUUAUUGUUAAUGAGUCAUGCCAGUAAGCUUUCUGUAUUUGUUCGCCGUGAGGAGCAAUGGGGCAUUGCACACUUACCUAUGUAUACUGCUACCUGAUUAUCGUUGGUCUUUUGUAUAAAUAAAGGCCUUGCUAUCAUUAUGUAUGGUCCUUCUUCCCCAAUGUGUAUUAUGAAUGGUCUUUUGACCUGCGGAAUGUAUUCCUAAUCCUGAUCUAUAGAACUGCCUUCCUGAA